AUGGCCAGUAGACAUGUGCAGCUAGACCAUGUUAUUGUCCUUGUACCUUACGCCUAUUUGUCCAAUCCACCGCGGUGGGUAACCGACAACUUCGUCCUUAGCGAAGGAGGCCGUCACACGGACAACAAGACGGAGAACCGCUUGGUGCUCUUCAAAGAUGGGACAUAUCUGGAACUCAUCGCAUUUAUUGACGACGAUCCUGCGAGACGCAAAGGCCAUUGGUGGGAUAAGCCUUACGGCGUGAUCGAUUUCGCUAUCACAUCCCCAGUUCCAUUCGAUUACGUGGCCAUGGCAGAACGUCUGAGACAACGAAACACUGGUAUCACGUAUGCUGAGCCAGCCGCGGGCGGCCGGCAGAGACCGGACGGAGUGCAGCUCAAAUGGCAGGUGACAUUUCCAGAACACGUUGAGCGCGGAGAAGUGCCAUUCUGGUGUCACGAUCUUACGCCAAGAGAGCUACGAGUGCCUCUGACUGACACAAAUACAUUGCAUCCGUGUGGAGCGACCGGUAUGGCUUGUGUGACUGUCAACCUGAUUGAGCAGGAACGUGAUCGGGUGCGGUUGACCUUCCCAGCGAUAAUCGACAGCUCAGAGCGUGAGAAGAAUGGGUUUCCGGUUGGCACUCCAGGAGGGCUCAUCGACUCUGGUAUCCAGAUAGAGAAGCUGGACGGUGAGCGGCCUGGAAUGUGCCUGAAGCUCACCCUCCGGUGCCCUCCCGAGCGGGUACCACAGCUUGACAUCCACGAAAAGGUCGGAGACGGGGUGAUUCUUAUAGAAUUUGUGACUUGA